AUGGACCGACCGCGCGACUUGGUGCGGCGCGACUCCGACGGCCAGACUUUCAUUAUCCCAGCUUCACAGCUUGCUGGGCCCGAUGAUCCGACGCCAUGGCCGCGACAGUUCACACUCAUUGCGCGGAGCGUUAUGGCGAUAAUGGAACUGGUCACGAUUGGUUAUUUGGGAUACUAUACACAUAUUAUGCGGAAUCACGGUCGGGAUGCGAGACCUGGGCUCGGGUUCGUUGGGGUCAUAUUGGCCCUGAUCAAUGAUGUCCUAGUCACCUACGUUGCGACUGUCCAACGGUAUACGGCGCAAAGAAACUGUUACGCCACCAUGAUAGAUAUCCUGUCUGCGUCACUCGCUUGUGGCGGGGCCGCUAUUGUUGGCUGGGUGGUGUCGGUCCCGUCGGAUCCGUGGUUUGAACAGCAUAACACGGCGGGGAACUUGCUCAUGGGUGUGUAG